AUGGAGUCGUGGAAGGAGGGUUCUGAUUGUUGCUCAUGGGAUGGGGUCGAGUGUGACAACAACACAAGUCAAGUAAUUGGCCUCGACCUCAGUUGCAGCUGGCUCAACGGCACCAUCCAACCCAAUAGCACCAUCUUCUACUACUUUCCUCACCUCCAAAGCCUCAACCUUGCUUUCAAUGACUUCGGUAUGUCUCCAAUCUCAUCUGAAUUUAGUCGGUUCACCAGACUGACACACCUCAACCUCUCACGGUCUAGUUUUUCUGGCAAAGUCCCUAUAGAAGUCUCCUUUCUGAGCAAAUUGGUCUCGCUUGAUCUCUCUUACAAUUAUGAUUUGAGGUUGGAAGAACCGGGUUUCGAAUUACUUGUUCAAAACUUAACCAAGGUAAGAGAACUUAAUCUUUUUAAAGUAAACAUAUCUUCAGUGGUUUCGAAUUCCUUGCUCAAGCUGACUUCUUUAACACUUCUCGAUCUUAGUGAGUGUGGAUUGCUUGGAAAAUUUCCUGACGGAAUAUUCCAUUUUCCACAUCUGAAUGAGUUGUGGAUAUGGGAUAAUCCUGCUCUCACUGGUUAUUUUCCCGAGUUUAUAAACUCGAGCAGUCCUCUCCAGCACUUGGAGCUUGCAUACACUAAUUUCUCUGGAGAACUACCUCGCUCCAUUGGGAAUUUGAAGUCCUUGAAAAUUUUGGAUGCCUUUGAUAAUAAAUUUUAUGGAUCCAUCCCUACGUCGCUUGGAAACCUUACGGAAAUGACUGAUUUUGACUUCAGAGGAAACAAUUUCACUGGCAUGCUUCCAUCUUCACUUUCAAACCUUGGAAAUCUCAUCUACUUGGGAGUUGAGGGUAAUAAUUUUGAAGGUAAAAUCGCAGAUUUUUUACCCAAUGCAAACCUAACAAAACUUUUUGCGUUAGAUUUGUCGGAUAAUCUGCUAAGAGGACCUCUUCCAUCACAAAUAAUUGGACUUCCAAAUCUAGCGGCAUUACUUUUAGGUAAUAACUUAAUCAGUGGUACAAUUCCAUCUUGGGUCUUCAGCUUACCAGCAUUGAAUUACUUCAACCUCAGUAAUAACAAAUUGACUGGCCAAAUAAAAGAGUUCAAAUCCACUCAUUUAACUAUUGUUGAUUUGAGCAAUAACAACCUACAUGGAAAUUUCAGCAUAGGUUUCUCUGUGCUUGAUCUGCAAAAGAAUAAUUUUUCUGGCACCAUUCUUGAUGCAUUUGUAAAGGGAAAUUCCUUCGAAACAAUCAACCUUGACGGAAAUAGAUUUGAGGGCCCAGUACCAAAGUCUUUAGUCAAUUGCGAAAUGCUACAAGUGCUAGACCUUGGACAUAACAAGUUCUCCGAUAAAUUUCCAUAUUGGUUGGAAAAUUUAACUUCACUACAAGUUCUAAUUUUGAGAUUUAACAAAUUCCAUGGGCCUCUACCGAAUUCAGAGUGCAAAUUUCCCUUCCCCAACUUGCGAGUUAUGGAUUUAUCAAACAAUUAUUUUACUGGUCCAUUGCCAAGAAAAUAUUUCAAGAAUCUCAAUGCUAUGAUGAAUGUCAACGAAGCUAGUUUUGAAUUGAAUUACUUAGGGAUGCCUAGUAGUUCAGCAUAUUACUAUGAUUGUUUGACCAUAGUAAUCAAAGGAUCAACCAUAGAAAUGGUAAAAGUCCUAACCAUUUUCACUGCAAUUGAUUUAUCAAAAAACAAUUUUGAAGGUGAGAUUCCAGAGAUCAUUGGAAGGCUAAAUUCAAUUCGAGGGCUCAACUUAUCCCACAACAACCUUAUAGGUCAUGUACCAGCAUCUCUUGCUAAUUUGACAACACUUGAAUGGUUAGAUCUCUCUUCCAACAAAUUCACUGGGGAGAUUCCUCAACAACUGAGGAAUUUGAUAUCCCUUGAAGUCUUGAACCUUUCGCAAAAUCAACUAGUAGGGCCAGUACCACAAGGCAACCAAUUUGAUACAUUUUUAAAUGAUUCCUACAUUGGCAACUUGGCAUUAUGUGGACCUCCAUUGCUUAAUACAUGCAAUCCAAGGACACCACAACCACCACCCUUGAUGUUUCAACAAGAAGACAAUCCUUCAAGUGGAUUCAAUUGGGACGUCAUAUUACCGGGUUAUAUAUGUGGGCUUGUGUGGGGACUUGUUAUGGGAUAUCUUAUGUUCUCUAGAGGAAAACCUCAAUGGCUUGUGAGGAUCAUUGAAGGUGAACGAAACGAAAGCAGAAAGAGAUUUAAAAAGUAUGCUUACAAGAACAGAGGAAGGUGA